GAACUUCUACAGAAAAAAGACUGUGUUCAAGAAGAAUACGAAAGGGAAUUAAGUGCAGCUCAAGAAUAUUACGAUAAAUUAUCUACGUUGAAAAUUAAAGCCAACAGGAAAAAGGAUAAGUGUUCACAGCCUUCUACUGGUUCAACGAAUAGCAGUUCUUCAUCAGGAAUAGUUACGGCCGCAAAACAGAAACUGCGAGAGAUCGAACUGGUGAAAUUCGAUGGAGACCCAAGAAACUGGCUGACGUUUUGGACGAGGUUUAUGGAAUCAGCAUUUCCUGCUGAUUUAAUAAAAUUUUGGGAAAGACAACGAGGUAUGUCUCCUGAAACAACAGGUAAGAGUGAUUUGGAGUUAUUAAUUGAUUUUCUAAAAAGGGAAGUAGAAAUUGAGUUUAAACUUACCCGUGAUGUUUUGGGUUCUGAUAAAGCUGCUGAAAAGAGAAUACAAUGGAAAUUUAAUCCUCCAUCCUCCGUUUGGUGGGGUGGAUGGUGGGAGCGUUUAAUACAAAUUGUAAAACAAAUAUUGAGAAAAGUUUUAGGUCGUGUUUCUCUUAGUUAUGAAGAGCUACUCACCGUCUUGUGCGAUUGUGAAAGAAUUGUCAACUCAAGACCACUUACAUACGUGCCUAACGAUAUUGAAGCUCCCUUGCCUUUAACUCCGGAAAAAAUUCUGCAUGAAACUCCACAGUCGGGUGUACCUGAUAUUGACAACGUGGACAAAGAAAAAUUGAGUAGAAGAGCGAAGUACCACCAGAGAAUGAGAGAAUUGUUAAGAGUGAGAUUUCGCUCUAAGUAUCUAGGACAGUUAAGACAGCAGUCUACCAGAAAUUACAAAAAUAAACCUCUCUCUGUAGGAGAAAUUGUCUUGCUGGAGGAUCAAAAUAAAAGCCGUGCAUAUUGGAAUUUAGCACGCGUUAUUCGGGUGAUCCCUGGUCGAAAUGGCAGCAUAAGAGUUGCUCGAGUAAAAAGUAAUAAUUCUGAGUUCUUGAGACCUAUACAGAGAUUGUUUAGAUUGGAACUAGAUAAUAUAAUAGAUAAUACUCAAAAUGAUCAUGUUCCUUUCACCACCAGUAGUGGUAGAGUUGUAAAAUCACGAAUAGUAUAA